CCCGCCGCGCGCCCCUCCCCGCCCCAGCGAGCGCCCCAGGCCGGCCGCAUUCCCGCCCGGCGAACCGCUGGCGCCCCGCUCGCGCCGUCCCCGCUCCUGCCUCCCGCGCGCGCCGUCCCCGCUACCCGCGCCUUCCUCCCGGCUGCGCCUCGCCGUCCCCGCUCCUCAACGCCGGGGCGUGGCGCCUCCAGCCGGCCACUAGGGCCGGAGGAUGUAGGAGGCAGAGGAGGGUGGACGGAGGAGGAAGAAGAAGAGGUAGGAGGAGGAGGAAGAAGAAGAAAGAGAGGGGAAGGAGGAGGACCUCGGGCCGACGACCGUCCACCGCGUUUACCGCCGCACGAGAUCGGCUACUUCUGCUGCUUUCCGGGCGGCGGAGUUCGCGUCAGUCUUUCGGAGAGACUGAUGGCGGACCCGGUAGAAUGGAGUCGGGAGAACAUCACAUUCUUGCACGAAAACGAGGUGAACGCGGAUGCAGAGAAUUGGCUUGCUGUCACUGUUGUCCUCAAGGUGCCACCAACAGCAAACCAAGAUUCGGUUAAUCGCGAAUUGAUACGGUGUGCAAUUCUCGAUAAGUGCAGGAUAAUAGUUUUUAAAAGUGACAUUAUGCAAUAUGAUCACGGUUACUUAGUGCGCACCAGCGGGAGGGAAGAAACCCAAUUGAUCCUGAAUACUGAUUUUUUGGACGUUGGGCCCAACAAGCUUAUUGUCUAUCCAUGGUCUCCCUACAAUGGUUCCACCUGUCAAUAUUUUGAUCACAUACCACCCAACAUCGGAAUGGUGACACCAGCUAAGCGCCCACGAGAGUCUGAUGUUCUGGAAAAUCUAAAGGUUAGGGGUCACGGGCUGCCACCACAUUUAUGCACGAGCAAUGUCAUAAGAAAAGUCUUCUCUAGCAUAUGUAGGUUUCACAAGAUGGAAAUAUACCAGGGAGAUCUGAGUUUUGCCAUCUGGACAUUUGCAAGCCGACAAUGUAUACCUGAUACAUGGACUGUAGCUGUCAUCAAAGAUACAAUGUUGUACAUGUGGCCACUUUGGCUCUUUGUAGAAGGCUGUGCACCGCCGCCUGCCCCAAGGUCAGAGGUUUUGAAGAACACACGGGUGAAGUUCAACCUGUACCCAGGGACAUCCUUAGGUGGUGGAGGUGGAGGUGCAAGUGGAAGUGGAGGUGGUGGUACUGCAGGUGGACAUGAUGGACACUCUCGUGAAGCUAUGCUAUUAGGUUACGUUGUUGAAUCACCGUCUUCAUCUGAUUCAUCAUCAGAUUCAGAUUCCAGCCAACCGGACAGCCCAUGCCAGUCCGAUCUAUUUGCCGAACCAACUUUGAGAGUAUCAACUAGCGACACUGUUUCCCAAGUACCUGAGACGCCACUAGGUUCAGGAGAGACAGAACUCGUUCCCGCCUACAACUACUAAAUGUGCUUGUUAUGCAUUUGAACUUGAGAUGUAUUUGAACUUGUGAUGUGGUUGAUACUUGGGAUGUAUUUGUGAACUUAUGGUUGUGGACUUUGGUUUGACUAUUGUGAACUUGUUAUGUAUUUGAACUAUAGAUGUAUCUGUAAUGAAUGUUUAUGGUAAAUGUGUC